AUGAUGUCGGUGGAUGUGCUCCAGGUUUGCUUGCGGAGGGAAAGUGAAGUGGAACGGGGAGUGGCCCUGCCCUGCCCGGGGCAAGGGGGAAAAGAGGAUGGAAGAUGGAUGGAGCGUGAAAGGCGGACGGCGGGCGGGCGGGCGGGCAUGCCGGGCUGUUGUGACGAGGGGACUAGGAGUCGAGUCCCAGGGCAGCGGACAGGUCCCUUUCCAGGAGCCCCAGGAGCCCAUGGAGGUCGGGCAGGGCAGGGCCGCCAGCUACAAGCAGGUGACUCUAGAGGUACGCAGAACACCAAGUACCUAGUUGUAGCCUGGACCCAACCCACUCUUCCCUUAGAGGCAUUCUGCUGCAACCGACUACGAACCAUUCAGAAUCGGGCUAGCUGCCCGCCAAGAACCCACCAUCUCUGCACUACUAUCCAAUCAAAAAGCACCAAUGUUGACACUGUGGACCGUGCUUGGAGAUUUCAGAAUUCAGGCACCUUGGCCGAACCAUCGUUCUUUUUUGUUGCCUGUAGGAAGUUGUACCGACAAAGGCAACGUCAGGCCAAGUGCCUACCUCGUUGUCAAAGCGAUGUUUACCCACUUACCUAUUACGCCAGGCCUCGAGAACACUUCGAAGAUCGACCAGAUCCGCUAGUUAUGGUGAUAAACCUCAUAGUAUCGUUGGGUAGUUUACCCGUUCCCAGCAAGAGGUGGGCUGAAGACGAACGAUAUGUGACUAUUGCCAGCGAUGGCGUUCUGGACAUAAUCACGGUCAUCAAACGGUCUGUCCUUCAUUGUACUAGGAAGAUCCCCCAAGAUCGACGUCGCAUCCUCACCCCGGCCGGAUCUGCUGGAUGUACGGCACCUCCCUGUGUGCCGCUGAGUCUCAUAUCUCCCAGGAGGACCAUCGACAACUUCUCAUAUUACAGCUCAUGGGAGUUUUUGAUUGUGGUUCGGAGUCAACGAUCCAGCUUUCUCCAUUCUUUCUUUUUGAGAAAGAAGACGGGCGUUGUGGAUGUGAUGAUGGAAACAUGCACGAUGGGCACGUCACCACGGCAAUGGGCGAUAAGGCGGGUACAAUUGGGCUAUUUGCGCACCUCGACUAAAACAUGGGCAAGUACAGUAGAGGUAGGUAGCUGGAGUGCCUUCGGUCACCAUAACGUUUUGUCAGCCUGUGUCACGGAUUACAAGCAUAGCUACCUAGGCACCUGCACCUUCCACUCAAGAUGA